AGGUACGCGCGGAUCAACGGCUUGUUGGGGAGGGUCGAGCCAGAAAAAGAUGAGAGUCAUGCGAAACAGACCCUAGACGUGCCCUCUUGGCUGCAUAUCGCAGAGAAGAUUGCCUGCAGGACUGGAAUUAGGGAUACCUACGUGAGAUGUCGUUAUGAGUAAGAUACUUCUUGUGUCGCUCUCAUCGCUCCGUUCACCUGGAAUUUUGGGCCCACUCGGCCUUUGUUCACUUUGACGCAGUGUUCGCUUGAGAUCGUCCUGGGCAUAUCAGAUCCCUCACCCAGUAGCCAGGAUGGCGGAUACACAGCAGGAAUGGCCGGAUCGAAGGAACCAGAUAUUAGGGACAACCAUCAGCAUCGGUAUUCUCAGCACAGCGGUGCUACUUUGGCGGGUCGUAUAUGCGAUUCAGAACAAACGUAAGCUGUUGUUCUGCGACUAUUUGCUAAUCUUCGCGGGGAUAUUGAACCUGACAACGAUGGGUCUUCGUUUUCAAACCACCGCCUUGGCACAAGGUCGACACAUCGCUGACCCCUCGAUUAAGAAGCCCGAGGAUCUCCUGGGGUACAGCUACCAUGUCUGGGUCGGGCAAAUUAUCAACCUGAUGGGGGUCGCCGUUCUAAAAUUCUCGAUCUGCGCAUAUCUACUGGCUCUCAAGUUCUCUAAGGUCUACACGGGUAUCGUGUGGGCCUCGAUUCUCAUGGUCGCGGUUUUCAACUGCAUCCUACCAUGUAUGGGUCUGCUGAACUGCGUCCCUUUCGAAGCCAACUGGAACCGUAGCGUAACAGGCCAUUGCUGGUACAAGGGACAUACGGUCUUGACGUAUGCGCAGGGUGUUACCAACAUCAUCACGGAUGUCGUGUAUGUUGUGGCACCAAUUUUGUACCUUUCGGCUAUCCAGCUGGCAAGGCGGACGCAGUGGGGUCUCAGGAUUGUCUUUAUGCUGGGUCUAAUAGGAACCGUGUGUUCGAUAUUCAAGACUAUAGAGCUAAGUGCGCUCAAGAAGACCAAGGACCCAACCUGGGAUGGCGUGAACUUGACGAUCUGGAGUGCGACAGAGCUCUCAGUCGGCAUCUUAAUCGCGAGUCUGCCACCUCUGCGAAAAGUGUUCGACAAGAUGUUUCGCAGCAUGCUGUCGUCGACGUUCAUAACGAGAUCGAAGACGCCAAGAAGUAUACCACUAUACAACGUCAGCAAACCCUACAGCAAACCGAUGGGUCGCUCUACCGCAGACAAUGAUGACGAUAGUGAGAAGGACAUACUGCCUGGGAAUGCCGAUAGCGGCAUUACGAAGACGGUGGUACACGAAGUUACGAGCGCAGAAAGAAGUGAUGGUGUGCAGGCCCCCAACAGGGCUCACACCACGUAUGGGAAGAUCGGUGGAUAAAGCUGGAUUGUGCUCUCCCGGGGAGGGAUGGAGCGGUAUACUCUGGCGCUAUGUUACUAGAUAAUCGCGGUGUUUGCUGCAUUCCAGUCCAACAUUUGGUUUGUCGACCGGUAGUCCUGCUUAUCGGAUACGUCACCGGGACCGAGCGAUGGUAUGCAUCGUAUGUCACACGUCUGUCU